AUGGCGGCGAUCCGGGGCGCGCCGGACGGCGCGACCGCCGCCCGGCGCCUUGAGGCUUUGGCGGCGAGGCUGAGGGACCGCGACCAGAUGUGGAGGGGCAAAGCGGAGGAGCUCCAACGGGAGGUCCUCGGGCUACGGCGGGCCCUGCUCAUCGCCACGGCGGCAGCAAGCACAGGUCACGAUGCCACCACGCAGAGCGAGCGCGCUCCGGGCAGCGACUCGGACACGCCUGAACUCGGUCAGCUUGUCUCGCCCCGGCCGCGGCUUCUCUCCAUUCAGCGGCAGGACGCUCCGCGGCGGGCGCGGCUUCCUCACCACCACGUCCUAAGCGCGCUGGGCGCCUUCCAGCGGCCCGGCGACGCGGGCCAACUCUCGGAGGACGAGCUGUGCCGGCUCCUGGAUGCGCUGGCGGCCGGGUUCCGCGACCGCUCGCUUCCCCCGGGGGCGUGGCAGCUCACCCUGAAGGCGUGCCAGGCGUCGAGCCGCGCCAUGGACGAGUUCUCCUCGCAGAGCGCGCCCGCCGCCCGUCUGACGACGCGCCUGCGGGCCUCCCUGAGGGAGCUCGCCGCCACGUUGCUGCGCGCCGGCCGGCGUCAGCCUACGCUUGAACUGUUGACGGAGUGCUUGGCGGCGUUGGGGCGGAGUCGCAUGGCAAAGUCCUUCCUGGUGGCUCGCAUCCUGUCCGAGGUCAGCGCGCUGGCUGACGCGCUGGGCCGCGCGAUCCACGAGAACGCCGGCGCGGACAAGAUUCCCGUGGACGAGUACCACAACGCUUUGCGCCUGCUGAGGAUUCUGGAGGAGCUGCCGAGCGACUCCCCGGCGUCGCGGCGACGGGAGGCCACGUCGGAGCAGGCGGAGAGCCUGCGGCGCUUGCAACAACAAAUGUUUGCCAUCUCGCCGGAGUUUCCGCUCUUUGCCCUCACCGUGUGGAGGAUGGACGCCUUCCAAAGGAGCACCUCCGACCGCGUCGCCACGUCAGACAAACAAUGA